ACUGUGAAUAGGCAUUACCCGGUAUCAACAGUCUAACACUCUCGGUAGAGAUUUGUGUAUGCAUGGAUGCCUUUCUUCAGGUUACAGUGCACGUGCUGCUGGCCUAUAUCACCUUGCAGUAGUGAAUGAGAAUGGUCUGCUGGGAAAGUGGCGCACGGUUUUGCCUGAAAUAUGAAGUACAUUUUGGUCACUGGUGGUGUUAUAUCUGGAAUUGGUAAAGGGAUUAUUGCCAGCAGUGUGGGAACAAUCCUCAAAUCCUGCGGUCUUCACGUCACCGCCAUCAAAAUCGAUCCUUACAUUAAUAUCGACGCAGGCACCUUCUCUCCCUAUGAACAUGGUGAAGUGUUUGUGCUGGAUGAUGGUGGUGAAGUCGAUCUGGAUUUGGGAAACUAUGAACGCUUUCUGGAUAUCCGGCUAACCAAAGACAACAACCUGACUACAGGGAAGAUUUACCAGUCUGUUAUAACGAAAGAGAGGAGAGGAGAUUAUCUUGGCAAAACUGUGCAAGUGGUACCACACAUCACCGAUGCCAUUCAGGAAUGGGUUAUGCGGCAAGCCAAAGUUUCAGUGGAUGAUGAUGGGGUCGAGCCACAAGUCUGUGUCAUAGAGAUAUUUGUUUGUGUGUCACAGUUAGGAGGCACCGUGGGAGACAUUGAGAGCAUGCCUUUCAUAGAAGCCUUCAGGCAGUUCCAGUUUAAAGUGAAACUUGAGAACUUCUGCAACAUUCACGUCAGUCUUGUUCCUCAGCCCAGUACUACAGGAGAGCAGAAGACGAAACCUACUCAAAACAGCGUGCGAGAGCUCCGUGGUCUGGGCCUGUCACCUGAUCUGAUCGUUUGUCGUUGUUCUACACCUCUGGACACUGCAGUGAAAGAGAAGAUUUCAAUGUUUUGUCAUGUAGAGCCAGAGCAGGUCAUCUGCAUACAAGACGUGUCCUCUGUCUAUAGAGUUCCGCUGCUCAUGGAGGAUCAGGGAAUGAUGGAUUUUUUUUGCAGACGGCUGAACUUACCCGUUGUGACUAAACCCCACAGGAUGCUCACCAAGUGGAAAGAAAUGUCAGAUAGAACUGACCGCCUUUUGGAAAGCACAUCGAUCGCUUUAGUUGGAAAGUACACCAAAUUUUCAGAUUCCUAUGCAUCAGUGAUUAAAGCCCUGGAGCAUUCUGCCCUUGCAAUCAACUACAAGCUGGAGCUGAAAUUCAUAGAUUCUGCAGAUCUGGAGCAAAGCACAGAGGAGGAAGACCCUGUGAAGUAUCAUGAGGCCUGGCAGAAGCUGUGUAGUGCUGAUGGUGUGUUGGUACCAGGAGGCUUUGGAGUACGAGGCACUGAGGGAAAGAUUCAUGCUAUUAACUGGGCAAGAAAACAGAAAAAGCCCUUUUUAGGUGUUUGUCUGGGCAUGCAGCUCGCCGUGUGUGAAUUUGCUCGUAAUGUGCUCGGCUGGAAAGAUGCUAACUCCACUGAAUUCGAUCCCGACACAGAGCAUCCUAUCGUGAUUGAAAUGCCAGAACAUAAUCCAGGACAAAUGGGUGGCACGAUGAGGUUGGGAAAAAGGCGAACUAUCUUUAAAAGCACCUCAAGUAUUCUUAGAAAAUUGUAUGGAGAUGCUGAAUAUGUUGAUGAACGACACAGACAUCGUUUUGAGGUGAAUCCAGAGCUAAAGCAGCACUUGGAGGAAAAAGGCCUCCACUUUGUGGGCCAGGACCAGGAGGGUGAACGAAUGGAAAUGAUCGAACUGGAAGAUCAUGCUUACUUUGUAGGAGUGCAGUACCAUCCGGAGUUCACCUCUCGCCCCAUUAAGCCUUCACCUCCCUACUUUGGCCUGCUUUUAGCAGCUGCAGGAAAACUACAGAGCUACCUGCUCAAAGGGUGCAGACUUUCACCACGAGACACGUACAGUGACCACAGUGGCAGUAGUUCUCCAGAUUUGGAGGUCUCUGAACUUAAAUUCUGUCCAGCCUCACAGAAGGGAUCUGCUCACACGUAAUGGCCAUAAAAGGACACUAAACACUUCUUAAGUUUGUUUUCACCUGAAGACAAACCCUAUCAUCCUGCCUGAGAACCAUGAUUCUGCAUUUAUACUGAUUGUAUCACUGAUCAUUUUAUAUGAGAGUUUAAGAGACCUAUAUCUUUAUAAAGGUUUAAAGAUUUAAUAUUUUAAGUUCUCACUACAGCAGACCACACAAUGUAUUAAGGAGCUCAAUUAAAAAAACAUUUAAAUGACCAUCUUGGGCUCUAAAUAAAUAUUUAUAUGUGUAUACACAUGUUUUGCACAUGUGGAAAGGUACCGUUAGCCUUUAGUGAUGAAUAGCAUUUUUAGAUAAACAAUACAAAGGUUUAUAUUGCCAUAAUAAACUGGAAUUGGUGCUUUAAAGCCUGAUACUGUAUUGUACCUUUUAGCCCUUUAUUUUUUAUGUUUUUUUGCUCACUUUUAAAGGACUAGUCUUUAUACAAAUCAAAAUGUUUGCGUAACAUCAAAAGCACAAUACCUACAAAUAUAUCUGUAUGAGGUAUCAGUGGAAAGCUUAGAAGCUUGUCAGUAUUGUACUGUCAGUGCUCCUUGGUGAAAUCAGAUCUCUAGAAAUCUGUUACUGAGACGUACUAGAGGUUACAUCUUUUAUUAAUAUGGAAACUCAGGGGAAUUUAAUGAUGUAAGGAAAUGUAGCAGCUAUUCGGUUGGUCACUAAACUAUUUACAGAUCUUAAAACUCAUGAACAUCAUUGUUCACUUUGUUCUUUUAGUGUUCUCUAAACUGGUCAUUUAUUGGUUGUUGCUACGUUAAUAAAGCUAUGAAAUACA